UCAAAUACUAUGUCCAAGAGAUCUCUUACGAGCACUAUACAAUUACUUUAGUGGAUGUCGAUAUAAACAACGAUUACUGCUCCUUUCCUCGCAAUUCCUUUCCAUUCUCUCAAUUUAGUUUUGGAGAUGCAUAUCUCCCUCACACAUAUCAUAUAUUUAGUGAGUUGUCCAAACCCGGUGAAUUCUGCAAACUACAGAGAUUUCUCUUCUUGUGUCAACAGCACCAGCAUUUCUUCGUCCUCCAAAACAAACUCAUCAUCAUAUCUGGUUUCAUCAACUGAUUUCAUGGAAAUCCGUGACUCCUGUACCAUCCUUGUUCAGUAUCCGUUUCCAUUCAUCAAUGAUUCCUAUUGGAACCUCACUCUUUCUGAUAUUCAUCAGGAGUUGCUUCGAGGGUUUCAGCUAGAAUUGGACUACAAAAUUCCAUUUUGGACGAGGUUAUAUAAUAUCAUCCCCGAAUCUGUAAUAGGAGCGUACAUCUUGUUAAAGGUUUCAAUUGGAUUGUUAUGCUUGAUUAUAUUGCUGGCAAAUAGAUUUCGCCGAAGACACUUGUCCAUCGAUGAUACCAUUGAAAAAUUUCUCCAGAGUCAAAAUAACUUCAUGCCAAUUAGGUACUCCUAUUCAGAUAUAAAGAAGAUGACCAGAAGUUUCAGGAAUAAGUUAGGUCAAGGUGGCUAUGGGUCGGUGUUCAAAGGCAAGCUCCGAAGUGGUGAUCUUGUGGCAGUAAAAGUAUUAAACAUGUCGAAAGGUAAAGGACAAGAUUUCAUCAAUGAAGUGGCCACAAUCGGAAGGAUUCAUCAUAUUAAUGUGGUGCGAAUGAUUGGAUUUUGUGUAGAGGGAUCCAAAAGAGCUCUCGUAUAUGACUUUAUGCCUAACGGAUCUCUUGAUAAGUUCAUUUUCUCAGGAGCAGAGAAGAAUCUACCCCUCAUCAGUUGGGAGAGAAUGCAAGAAAUUGCAAUUGGAGUGACUCGAGGGAUUGAAUAUUUGCACCGAGGCUGUGACAUGCAGAUUUUACAUUUUGAUAUCAAGCCUCAUAACAUUCUUCUUGACGAAGACUUUGUCCCAAAAGUUUCAGACUUUGGCCCUGCAAAAUUGUAUCCCACAGAUGAUAGUAUCGUCUCUCUCACUACAGCAAGGGGUACGCUUGGAUAUAUUGCUCCGGAGUUGUUCUAUAAGAACAUUGGAGGUGUGUCAUAUAAGGCUGACGUGUAUAGCUUUGGAAUGCUAUUGAUGGAAAUGGUGGGGAAACGGAAAAAUGUAAAUCCACAUGCAGGACGCACAAGUCAAAUAUACUUUCCAUAUUGGCUUUAUGACCAUAUCAAUCAAGGUGAGGACUUGCAGUUGGGAGAUGAUGCCAAUGAACAAGAAAAAAGUUAUGCAAGGAAGAUGAUCAUAGCUGCAUUGUGGUGCAUACAACUAAAGCCCGUGGAUCGCCCCUCGAUGAGUGAAGUCCUGCAAAUGCUAGAAGGGGAGGAGGAGCUACUGCGAAUGCCUCCCAAGCCUUUCCUUUAUUCCAAUGAUAUGUCAGUGGAGGAUCAAGCCGACAACCACCCAACAGGGAUACCAACUUCAUCCCAUGCUGAUAUGAGUAUAACCAUAGAUGAGUUGUUAAGAUAGUUUUGUUUCAUAUUUUUCGACUUAAUCACUAUGUAGAAUUGGUAACCUUUUGGAUUAAGCAUGUCAAUGUGUGUAGGUAAAUUCUGCUCAUCUUAUGAAUAAAAAACAGGAGAAUACUUCUAUUCUACUCACCCCUAAUUUGGCUCGGUUAUACAUGGACAUGCCUUCUUUUAAAAGUAACUUGGUAAAAUUGGCGUACUCAAUUUGAGAGCUUGACUAUCAUUAUAUACAAGCGAAAAAUUACAAAUAUGAAAAAGAGAAUAAAAUCAAAUCAAAAUAAAGAGAAUAAAAUCAAAUCAAAUCAAAUCAGAAUAAAAAUAAAAUCCCUAAAAAUUAGCCUAUAUUGAAGACCCAAUAAAUCUGCCAUAAUCGUUGAGUCAACUUAUAGAUAAGAUUUCCAACACUCUCCCUCAAGCUAGAGCAAAUAUGUUGACUAAGCCGAGCUUG